UAAAACCCUAGAAAGAAGUUUAAGCUCUUCACAGCCAAGCCUCACCUGAAACGGACGCCAUGGGAUCAAAGAAGAACAAGAAGAACAAGAACAGAGAUAACAACCUCAUCACCGAUCCCCGAUUCGCCUCCGUCCACUGGGACCCGCGCUUCAAGAAUGCUCCGAAGCACAAGGCCAAGGUCGAGAUCGACGACCGCUUCAAGGUCAUGUUCACCGAUCCCCGGUUCCGUUCGUCCUCGGCUCCGUCGGACAAGCGCGGCAAGCUCAAGAAGAAAACCGACCCCGGCGAUGAGCUAAGGCAUUACUAUCAGCCGAACGAGGACGAAGAUGAGGUCAAGUACGAUAAGGUCGACGAGGAUGAGGAAGAAGAAGACGAAUUGAGCGAGGAGAGUGAGAGUGAGAGAGAAGAGAAGGCGAGAUCAAAAGAGGAGAGUGAGUCUGAGGCUGAGAGCGAGGAAGAGAAGGCGAGAGUGGCAGUGGAGGAGAGUGAGAGUGAGGAAAUGGAGGCCGGAAACGAGUCGGAGACGACGACCGAUAUGGAUACUGAUGAAGAUGAGGAAGAUGAAGUAGUUUUUGAGGACGGUAUGCCGGCAAUGCAGAAUGAAAACAUACCGCAAAUUGAGAAGGAAACUCACAGGCUUGCUGUUGUUGAUUUGGAUUGGACGCAUGUUAAGGCGGUUGACUUGUUUGUGGUGUUGAGGUCCUUUCUUCCGAAAGGUGGAGAGAUUAAGUCUGUUGCUGUGUAUCCAUCGGACUUUGGAAUUGAGCGUAUGAAACAGGAGGAGAUUCAUGGUCCUGUGCUGUUGGAUGAUACAGAUAAAAAAGCUGAUGAAGAAAGUGAUGACGAUGAUGAGGAUGUGGAGCUUAUUAAUCAGAAAUGGCGCGCUUAUGAGAAAAGCCGGCUGAGGUACUACUAUGCUGUAGUGGAAUGUGACUCUGUUGCCACAGCAGAUUACCUUUACAGAAACUGUGAUGGAGUUGAGUUUGAAAGGUCAUCAAAUAUUCUUGAUUUAAGAUUCAUCCCUGAUUCAUUGGAAAUCAAGCAUCCACCCCGUGAUACUGCAACCGAGGUACCUUCGAACUACGUUGGUUUAGACUUCCAAACUAGAGCACUGCAGCAAAGUAAUAUUGAACCUUCGUGGGAUGAUGACGAACCAAACCGAAGGAUCUUGAAACGAAAAUUCAGUCAGGUUGAUGAACUGGAAAUGGACGAGUUUAUUACUUCUGAUGAGAGUGAAACUGGUGAGGAUGAGGCUGAAGAUGAUGUAGAUGAUAAGGCUAAUAAAAAGAGUAAGAAAAGAGCACGAUACAUAUCUUUACUCCAAUCUGGAGAUGGAGAUGGUUCAGGUGAGGAUGAUGAAGAGGAUGGCCAGGAUAUGGAGGUCACCUUCAAUACUAGCUUGGAGGAUUUUAACAAGCGCAUGCUUGAAAAGAAGGACAGGAAAUCAGAAACAGUUUGGGAAGCCUCUCUAAGAAAAAGACGUGAAAAAAAGAAGAUGAAGAGAAAUAGGUCUAAUUAUUCAUCAGAGGAUGAGACUAGUGAUUCUGAUCAAGAAGCAAAAGAAGAGCCAGAUGAUUUCUUCAUUGAGGAACCUUCAGUUAAAAGGAGUAAAAAGGAGUCUCGGGGUAAAAGUAACAAAGAAGAAAAGCAGCGCCUAGAUAUGGAUGAGGAAGCAGCAAGUAGACAUGAGCUUGAGUUAUUACUUGCUGAUGACAAGGGAGUAGAUAAAGGUGCAAAGGGAUACAAUUUGAAACGUAAAAAAACAAAGGGAAAGAAGAAGGGUAAAGAAGAUCCAGAGGAGAAUAAAAUACCAACUGCUGAUUUGGAUGAUCCACGUUUUGCACCCCUACUGACCUCAUCCCUCUUUGCUCUGGAUCCAACAAAUCCACAAUUUAAAAGAAGUGCGACAUAUGAGCGGCAGGCAGCACUGAGACAGCACCAGGGUGACCGAGAAGAAGUGCCAAAAAGGGAAGUGAAAGUACAAUCCGAGGGUCUCUCAUCCAAGAUAAAGAAAUCUUCAUUAAUCAAUUCAAUUAAGAUGAAAGCCAAGCCCUUUGAAAAGAAAGAGGAAAUUUUGCCAUUCCCGGGUAGAAAGGAAACAAAAGGUGAGCAGGAUUCUGCGACCGGAGUUAAACCAGUGAAAAAGAAGGCCAAAGUUGGACGUAAAUGAAAGAAGGGAAACAAAAAGAGGAUUCCGCAACCGGUUAAGAAGGUAAAAUUUGGACGAAAAUGAAACCAAUAUUUUGAACCAAGCGCAUAAUUGUUCAUUGCCUGGAGCAUCAUCGGAAGAAAUAUGAUCUAGAGCUGGAAUCAGUAAUCAAGCACACCUGGAAACAGCUCAGAUCAAGUCAUGAUAAGAAAUCUUACCUUUGUCUUUUGCUAAUUUCAUUCUUCUGGUGGAAGGCAGUUUUGAUUCGUGUUCCCUUUGUUUGAGAUACAAUGUAGAAAAUUUAAACACUGGUAAUGAACAAAUAUGCGCUUGUCAUGAGAUACAAAUUCAUACAAUCUGAUCACCUGGUAAAAGACUUUGUUCUCGAGUAUUUCUGUGUUCAUGUCUCCUGUUAUUUCUAAAGCCUUUAACUUUCUUGUUGAGUGUUUAAUUAUGUUAACCAAUUAAUAUGUUUAUUAUACAAACCUGCUGUGAUAGACUGGUUGAUGUUUCCUGUAUGCGUGGAUGUUUAUAACAUCAUACUACUGAUAAAAAAGAGUUGGUAUGAUGACUUAUGACUAUGAGCCUAUGAUCAUAAUUAUAUAA